AUGAGCUGCACCGUAGUGAUGAAUAAACCCAUCAUCUCGACAACUUAUGAUCUUAUUGAAAACAGCAUUUAUAGAGUCUUUGGUGACUCAAACAAAGCUAUGGCGGUGUCAUCGGGUGGGUUGCACCAGGAAAUUGAGUCCUGUAUUGAAGAAAUGGAGCGACUCAAAGUCGCAGAGCUUAAAUCCGUUUCCCGGUCUAUAGGACUAUCGUUGAGCGGAAGAAAAGCAGAUCUUCAGGAUCGAUUACGAGCGUAUUUGAAAAACUCGUGUCGUGUUGGGUUUAUAGAUCCGUGGAGGCCCAAAUCAGUGCUUAUUUUGAUCGGAAAGGCGCGACAAGGCGAUGCUCUGCCCAAUUACGAAGCGAUCUGGCAGAGUCUCAAAUCGGGUGCUUUCAGGCAUCCCGUUGCCACGGGACAUCAACCAGUGGGAACUUUGGGUGCCCCAGACUCCCCGGUUAUCCUAAAUAAUAUACCUACGGGCCCGAAAAAGAAUAUGUUGGCGCUCAAAUUCCAAGAAUCGCCGUUUUACAGAUUGAAACGAAUGGUAAAUCAGUCUCCGAAACUAGCGCCUAGAAAUACUGGUCGUGGUGUUUGUACGCUCAAAUUUUCGCUUAACCAACAUGAGGCGGAAAUUCUGCGAAGGGGCUCGCAAUUUCGAUUAUAUCUUUUCUGUGGACUUUUGGGCAAUUUGGAUGCCCGUGCUGAAGUUCCCAUACAGUUCCCGCAUCCCAACGAGAUAAGGUUCAACGAGGUUCAAGUCAAAGAUAACGUUCGCGGUUUGAAAAACAAGGUCGGAACUGCAAAGCCCGCAGAUUUGACGCCGUAUUUGGUUCAUGCUGGAUCUGAGAAUACUCUGCAAUUAAUUUACGCGUUUACGAAAGAAGACUACAUGAUAUAUUGUUACCUUGUGGAAGUAAUUCCUGUUGAGGAAAUUUUGAAAACGGUGCUGGAUCACCCAAAGAUUGUCAAGCUUGCUACACUUCAAUAUUUGAAAAAAUCAAUUGGAGAAGACGAGGAUCAGGAUUUGGUCGCAACAUCUACGGUUAUGACGUUGCAAUGCCCCAUCUCAUAUUGUCGAAUGAAAUAUCCUUGCAAAUCCCUACAAUGUCAGCAUUUGCAGUGUUUUGAUGCGAUGUCUUUUAUCCUUUCUCAACAGCAAAUACCGACAUGGCAGUGUCCAGUCUGUCAAAAAGUUCUUAAGAUUGAAGAUCUUGCCAUUUGUGAAUUUGUGGACGAAGUCAUCAAGCAGUGUGACGAGGAAGUCGAGCAGAUAGAAAUUUCCAGUGAUGGCUCAUGGGUGCCAAUAGUGGAACAGGAAAAUCCUCCACCUACUCAGACCUCAUUUAAACCUAAAGUCAAACAAGAACAGUCCGAUCAUUUUGAAGAAAAUAAACUAGAGGACGAAACCGAGGACGAGUCUGCGUACAAAAGCCGAAGAAGUAAAUCUCAGCAAGCCGAGCCAGUUCUCAUUUCUCUGGAUAGUGAUGAAGAAGCUCAACCGAAAGACGUAGAAGUGGGAGACGGUAGUGAACCGGCUGAGGUGGCCACACCAUCUGCGUCAAAUACCGGUGUCAGUACGGUAGAACUCAAUGGGAGGAGUGACACGCUUGCUAAUAUAUAUGGGACUUACAUGGACAACGAUGCGCGAAGGACGCUAGAUCCAAACCGUUCAAAUGCAACGCCUUCAAGUGAGCAGCGAUUACAGACAGCUCACUCUCCAAAUGAAGACCCGGCACUUGGAAGUGCAGCAUUCACUAGUCGCCAUCAUCAGGUGCCUAAUGUACUUGGGAAAACGCCAUUGAACCAAGCAACGCCCGAGUUUAAUCAAAUCGGAAAUCAAAAUUCACCAAGUCCUCACAGUGGGCAAACUGUCAUCCCCAUGGAAGGUCACGAAAUGUCUUUUCCACUAUUACGUCAAUCAAGCACCGGUCAGAGUGGAGCCGCGAACGAGCAUACAACUGAUACGAUGGCCGGUAUGCGAUCCAACAACAACAUAACGGCAAAUACUGCGCAUGCAAACGGUUUGCAACGCGAUGUAUCGCGGGGUGGAAGUUCUAAUUGGUUGGCAUUAGGUCACGAUUCUAACUUGCUUAGUACCGCUGACAACGAACAUUUACCUGCCGAUCCACAAUCUAACGCUCCAUCGGCUUCAAAUUCAUUGAAUGACGAAUCAAACAUCGCUGCAGGGCAGUCUUCGAUCGAACCUCGGUAUAACAGCUUGGGCCCUGAAUCUGUGAGCUCUGAAAAUACUUUGAGCUCGUCAUCUCAUACUACUGCUCAUCAGCCCAUAUCUACUUUCAUGCCGCCUCCUAUGCCCCCUGUACCUCAUGGAAUAAAUCGCCAGUUGGGGAUGCAAUCGCCGGUCAAUGGCGGAAAUGGUACAGGUAGACCCAAGAAACCGAUAGUUUCUCCGUUCAUUCCAAAGCGACCUUACAUGAGUAUGCUUCCCCAAAAAAGGCAUAUUAGCGGAGGGAACUCAGAUAAAGCGCCUACACAGCCGAGCUCUGAUGUCAAUCGAGCACCGGCAGCAUCAGCUAUAGCUCCCUUGCUUGGUGGCCUUUCAGAGGGAGAUUUAGACUACAUUGACCUCACAUCUGAUGAGUAG